CAGAUCAGUUUGCGAAGACGUAGCGUUUAGUCGGAGUUAAUCCUAUUCGCAGGAGGACUUUAAGUAUCUGCUGCCAACGCAAUGAGCGCUGCGGAAAACUCCGACACCGACUCCAACAAGCUGGAGUGUGUGAUACAGAGGCUGGAGGAGAGUGUUUUGUCUGAGGAGAAGAGGCUGACCGUCCGGGGUCCUUCACCAGAUGACCCCCCUACAUGUCUGCCAGCACGAGUACGAGAGAUUGUCACAAAGAACCUCAGCGACAGCUCAGCCGGAGCCAUGUCCUCGGUCAUGUCCCUCCAGGAGGAGAACCGAGUGCUGCAGGGAGAGCUGGCGAGGCUGGAGGACCUGCUGGCACACAGCCGAGCGGAUCGAGAUGAGCUCGCCAUCAAGUACGGUGCAAUUAGUGAGAGGCUGGAGCAGGCGCUACGUUUUGAGACGGGAGACGGGGACAACGAUUCACCGGAGUCACGCAGCCUGGCGCAGCAGAACGUGGAUUUACGGCGGCGGCUGGAUGAGGAGCAGGCGGCCUACAAGCGUAAACUCACUGCGUACCAGGAGGGUCAGCAGAGGCAGGCACAACUUGUGCAGAAGUUGCAGGCCAAGGUACUUCAGUACAAAAAGCGGUGUGGGGAUCUUGAGCAGAUGCUGCAGGAGAGGUCCUCAGAGCUGGAGAAACACCGGUUGAGCAGCCACAGUGAAACAUCAAAUGGUCGCCAUCAGGACGAAUCAAGCAGCAACCUGGAGGAUGCUUUAAUCCGUCUGGAGGAAGAACAACAGAGGAGCAGCAGUUUGUCCGCGGUGAAUGCCAUGCUGAGAGAGCAGCUGGAGCAGGCCGGUUUGGCCAAUGAGGCGCUCAGCCAGGACAUCCGCAGGCUCACUGCUGAUUGGACAAAAGCCAGGGAGGAACUGGAACAAAAGGAGUCAGACUGGAGGAGAGAAGAAGAGUCUUUCCACAGUUACUUCAGCAGCGAGCACGGUCGGCUGCUGAUGCUGUGGCGGCAAGUGGUCGGGUUUCGGAGACAUGUCUGUGAAAUGAAGAGCGCCACUGAAAGGGACUUGUCGGAUAUGCGUAACGAGCUGGCUCGGGCGUCCCACUCCGCUCAGGUGUCCUGCUCAGGUCUGUCCGCGACGCUGCAUAGCCGGGAGGGAGGAGCAGCGCUGGCCCUGGAGCGGGAGAAGGCCCUGCGGGUUCAGCUGGAGCAGCAGCUGAGAGACCGAGUGGCAGAGAUGAUGAGUUUUCAGACCAGGACAGACGCAGAGAGAAGUGAGCUCAACGUCAGGUUGUCAGACUCUGUGCGAGAAGGUGAGAGACUAAAAGGCCAAAUUGAAGAGAAAGAGAGAGAAAUUGUCGUUCUGAUGAGGAGGCUUGAGGAGCAGAGUGGUAAUGAUGAGACUGACAUGCAGGUGUUGAGAAGUCACACUGAGACUCUGUUAGACACCCUGCGAGACAUCGCUCAGACGGUUGUGUCAGAUGGAGAGUCGUCAUCAGAGGCAGACCAGGACAACUCUGGGGCUCCACUGCUGGCGUUGAUCCGUGGCUCCUCCCCUCGCCGCUCUUCCUCUCCUCGCAGGUCGACCUCCCCUUCUCGGCCCUUGGCGCUGGCUCCUCUCACUGACUCGGCGCUGUCUGCGCUGCGCUCUGCGGUCACAAACAAGACGCUGCAGCUGCAGGAUGUCCGAGGGCGUCUGCUCUCUGCACAGUCCUCGAUACAACAGUUGCGCAAGCAGCUUUCCGAAACUGAUUUGGCUAAAAAAGAUGCAGAACAGCGAAACCAAGCUCUGCAAAGAGAGAGGGAUGCUGCUCAGAGAGAGCGGGAGACCACACAGAGAGAAAAGGACCGUCUGAAGCAGGAGAGAGACACGCUGGCCAGUGAGAAGAUGAGCUUGGAAAAGACUGCGCAGGCAGCGCAGAGCAGCAGCCAGAUCCUGCAGAUGGACUGUGAGAAGCUUCAGCUGGCUGUGGCGUCCACUCAGCGGGAGCGAGAUCACGAGAGGGAGGAGAAGGAGGCCGCCAUUCAGGAGAGAGACCGGGCGAGGGCAGAGACUCAGAGGAUACAAAAGCAGUGGGAUCAGAGUGAGAAUCGGGCCUCCGCUCAGCGUGGAGCGUUGUCUGCAGCAAGGGAGACUCACCAGCAGGGGGAGGUUGAGAGGCAGCUGCUGGAGGGAGAGCGAGCCCAACUCUCUGAAGCGCUGGCUCGGGUUGAGAGCAGUAAAGCAGAGCUCUCUCUGCUGCUGAACAAGCUGCAGAUUGAGGAUGCAGCUCUCAGGGACUCUCUUGCCAAGAUGGGAAGCAUGAAUGAGAGUCUGGCCCAGGACAAAGCUGACCUUAACACGUAUAUUCUCCAGCUGGAGGAAGAGAAGGCCGUCCUGCAGGCUCAGAAACGGGAGGCAGAGCAGGAGAAGUUGACCAUCAGAGAUGAGCUGGUCCGGCUGGAGCAGGACCGGCUGGAGCUGGACUCAGCCCGUAUGGCACUGCACCAUUCACUGCAGGACGUGGAGCUAAGCCGGGUGGGGAUGGAGGCAGAGCUCCAGAGUCUCAGGGCUGACAGACUUAAGCUGCAGGAGAAAGUCACCCAGCUUUGUGGCGAGGUGACCUCUCUGGGAUCAGAGUUGAGUCUUGCCAGAGGAGAGGGCCAGAGGAACGAGGUGGCCUUAGAGGAAGCCGGCCGCAGUCGGUCAGAACUGGCUCGUGACAAAGCAGCGCUGGUGGUCCAGCUGACGGCGUCUGAGAGAGAGAACACCGUGCUGUCGGAGGAACUAACUGCCUUCAGGUCAGAGCGGGAGUCCCUGGAAACCAGUCUGUUUGAGGUGCAGCAGCAGCUCGUUCAGGUGGAGUCUCGUAGAGAGCAGCUAGAGGCAGAGAACCAAAACCUUCGAGUCCGCAGUGAGACCGUGGCAGCUGAACUCAGGCGUGUUCGAUCAGAUGGGGAGAAUGUGUUGGCCCAGGCUGAGAGGGAGAAACAGGCUCUGACUCAGACUCUAAAUUCUGCACAGCUGGAGGCUCAGCAGGCUUUACGCAAGGCCAUCUCUGAACAUCAGGAGGAGGUGGAGAGACUGGUCUCAGAAAAGGAAGUUGUGCGGCACAGCCUUCUGAUGGAGCAUGAGGGCGCUCUGAGGAAGCUCAGGCAGGAGGCGGAGGAUCAACUCCUCAGAGCAGAGAGAGAGAGAGAGGAGCUGCAGGAUGAACUGAGGAGUCUCCAGCAUGACAGAGAUCAUAGUCUGCUGCAGGCUGAGACUGAGAAACAACAGGCCCUUUCUCUGAAGGAGGCAGAGAAAACAGUGCUGUCUGACAGGGUGUCCUGCCUGCAGGCUGAGCUGUCAGCUGCAGCUCUGGAGGCUGAGCGGAUGUCAAGAGAAGCAGCCCUUUAUAAAGAACAGGAGCAGAUCAGAGUUGGGGCUCUGACCAGCGAGCUGCUGGAGCUUCGCUCUCAGCUCGAGGAUGCAGCUUCUGUUCAUGAAAGGGAACUCCAGAGUCUACGAGAGACUUGUACUGAUCUUCAAUCACGCACUGACGUUGCUCUCAAAGAGCUGGACCAGUGCAGAGCUUCUCUCUCAGCUAACGAGGAGAGCCGAGACCAGCUGAGGCGGGACUUGUUGGACGUUGAGCGACGUCACAGCCAAACUCAGGAAGCAGCAGAAAGCUGCAGAAGAGAGGUGACAGAGCUGCGACGCAGCCUCGGUGACGUGACCAAGGAGAGGGACACCUUCAGCCUGUCAAAUAGUCAGCUGAGAGAAACUCUACGAAGUGCAGAAACAGAGAGAAUCAGUGUGAAACGACAGUGUGAGGAGAAGGAGCAGAGGCUGGCUGUGCUGGAGGAGAACUUUUCAUCUACUCAAAAGGAGGUGACGGAGCUGCGCAGCUGCCUCAGGGAAGUUGAAAGGUCACGACUCGAAGCCAGACGAGAACUCCAGGAGCUCCGCAGACAGCUGAAGGUUCUGGAUGGAGAGAAGGAGCAGAAAGGGAGGGAGGUGGCAGAGCUGCAGACUCGUCUGUCGCUGGAGGAGCAAAGAGAGGAGGAGAGAGGGAAGGAGGUUUUCACCCUCAAACAGAAGUUAACUGAAGCUGAAACAGCUCGAAACUCCCUCAAGAAAGAGCUUUCUAUGACUCAGAAGCGCCUGGUGGAGUCUGAGUCGGGCUGGCGGGGAUGCGAGAGAGAGCUGACCGCUCAGCUGCAGGAGGCACGUGGCUGCGAGAAGAAGCUGCAGGAUGAAGCCAAGAACCUGUCCCUGCGCGCUCAGGCCGCUCAGGACGCUGCCGCUCAGUCCAGCCUGCAGCUGAGCGAGGCCCAGGGCCGCCUGGCCGCCACAGAGGCCGAGCUGACCCGGGCCGAAGCCGGGAGGAGGGACCUGGAGUUUCGCCUGAGCAGCAUUCAGUCUGCGCUGACGCGAACGCUGGGUAUCGGAGCAGGAGGCAGAGGAGGCCGAGGGAGGAGCCCGGGGGGGAACUCCACAUCACCAGGCAGUAUGUCACGCCACCACAGCAUCUCACCCCUGCGAUCCUCGCUGUCGCCUCCUAAAGAAUUUCGAGUAAGCACCCCUGACAAUACUUUAGGCUCAGGGGCUGUGUCUCCUGAGAGAGGGGAUACGCCGCUGCCUCUCCCUCAGCCAGAGCUGGACCCCGACACACUGCGAAGUGAUCUGAGAGACUUCCUCCAGGAGCUCCGUGAGGCGCAGAGAGAGCGGGAUGAUGCCAGAUGCCGGCUGGGGGCCCUGCAGCGGGAGCUGGAGGAGCUGAAGGGGGAACGAGACUCUGCUCAGAGUCGUCUCACUCAGCAACAACACACCUUACAGGAAUACCAAGAAGGGAAGCGUGGACUGGACGAGCGUCUGACCACCACUCAGAUUUUGCUCCAGCAACAGGAGGAGGCGGUGAGGAGAGGAGACAGAGAGAGGAGGGCUCUCACCGACAGGGUGAAGGAUUUAGAGCGGGCACUGCAGGCCUCUGAGAUGGAUAAAAAACACACACAGGACCAGUUAAAUAAGCAGCGUGCUGCUGAGAUGCGUCUGGAGGCGGAGAGGAGGCGUCUGCGAGAGGCGCUGGAGGCAGCUGAAGCCCGGGCCACCAGGGUGGAGCUGGGGAGGCGCAGUCUGGAGGGGGAGCUGCAGAGACUCAAACUGAGUCUGGGAGACCGGGACACUGAGAGCCAGACCUCCCAGGAGCGCCAUGACUCUCUGCUGAAGCAGGUGGCAGAAGGAGAGGCCCGUGUGUCUCUGCUCCAGAGAGAGGUGGAGAGGCUGAGCCAGGCUCUGCUCAAAGCGCAGGAAGGUGAAUCUGUACUCAAAGAGAAGACGUCUUCCCUCAAAAAGAGCCUCCAGGAGGCAACAGCUUCUCAUGGCAGCACACAGAGUCGUCUGGCUGCGCUGCAGAAGACGCUGAGUGUGGCCGAACAGGACAAAAGGCUUCUGCAGGAACGAAUGGAUGAGGCCCGGGCAUCGUUAGUGGAGGGGAAGAGGAACAUGGCCACCCUCACUGAGCGUGUGCAAAGGUUGCAGGGCGAGCUGAGCGAGAGUGAGCUGGGACGAGAGCAACUGGAGGCUGAGCUCAACAACACUCAAGAGGCUCUGCGUCAGCGCUUGGCCAGUCUUGUAGAGGCUCAGCACAGCGCCCAGUCAGCUCAGACAGACCGGGCCGCCGCAGAGGAGCGACUGCGUGGGCUGCAACGAGCGGUCGCCAUGCUGGAGACUGAGAAAAAAGAUGCUGAGAGGCAGGCUGUGAGGCUGGAGAAGGACAAGAAUGCACUGAGGAAUACACUGGACAAGGUUGAACGUCAGAAGUUGAAGACGGAGGAAGGCAGCAUGCGACUGUCUGCAGAGAAAGGCCGCUUGGAUCGCUCUCUAAACACUGCUGAGCAGGAGCUGCAGGAAGCACAGCAACAGAUACUGAUGCUGCAGACUCAGCUGGCUGAGAUGGAGCCGUCACACAGUCUGUGUGAGAGUCUGGCGAGGCAGCGUGACGAGGCCCAGCGGGAGUCGGAGCGACUGAGGACCAGCUUCAGGGAUGUGGAGCGAACGCUGGGAACCAGAGAGCGAGCUCACCGACACAGAGUCAAAGGCCUGGAGGAGCAGGUGUCCACCCUGAAGGAGCAGCUGCAACAGGAGAUGAAACGGCGGCAGCCUUCUCUUCCAUCCUCCUUAUUGUCAGCGGGAAACUGAGCAGCGUCUUAAUACCAGAAGCACCAGCACACCACACAUUUUAGUCCAGGGAAAAUCCACUCAAAGCAAUACUCACAGGAGCAUCACUAAAAGUCUUCACAGUCAAAUUCUGCUGUUUAAAAUACGAUGUGUUUUACUUUGUGACACUGAAAAGAACACUGGCUUCAUGUUGAUGGUGUUUUAUUGAUGUUCUGUACUGUGAGGACCGCUUCACUCGACCCGCAGCACAGUGACAGGCGAUGUGAUUCAGCAGCUGCUCUGAAAACGCCAGCAGCCUGCUGAUUACUGGCAGCCAUCUGUACUCGAUCCUUGCUCAACAUCUCCCCAAACUUCCUGCUCUUAUUUAAGAAGAAACCCAAAUCACCGCAGGAUUCCCCUCCAGACAGAAUCUGGAUGCAGUGCAGGAACCAAAAUCUGCCAGUUGUUUGGCGUCGAUUCCUCCACAUUCACAUUAACAGUCGAAGACACUAAGAGAAGGAAAUGAAGGUCGAAUUGAGCAUAAUGAAGGAGCUGCACUGUAUUGUCUCUCAGAAACAGCCGCAGAUUUUACUGAUUAUGUGACUCAGAGACAGUUUUACAACAGUGAAGUACUGCAGUAUGAUGGUUGGUAUACUUACAAUAUGUGUUUUUUAAUAGCUAAUAUGAGUUUUAGUAGGUGUACAUACUUUUUACUUACUGUAUAAAUGCUGACAGACUGAUGAUUAAUAGCAGCAAUAUGACUUGUAUAGACAAAACACAUGGAAGCCACAUGUUUGCAGGAGAAUAAACUCACUGUGUGCACCA